UUUUUAGCAGUUUAAAACUUGCUAUAAUUUAUUUUAAAUAUUUUUUAACUUUACGAAUUUCUUUUUUAGAUAUUUUUCAGUUUUUUAUUCCCAGGAGCUUCUAUAAGUUAAAUUUUGUUUAGAAUUUUACUGUUUAAAAUGUUUUCUAUUCCGCCGGAAGUUCAACUUGACGUUUUAAAAUGUCUUAAUUUUGAGCAAUUAUUCUCUCUCCGACAAUCAAAUUCUUAUUUUUGCAAUUUAAUUAAUAAAUAUGAGGGAGGAUUGGCCCGAAUGGAAUUUGAUAAAUUCUCUUUGGUUGAUACCAGAAAAAUCCAUAGUCAAGAUAUAAUCAUUAAACUUGAGCCUGUAAUUUCUGAUUUUGUUUUGGAUGAUCAGCUUAUGAAGAAGUGGAAAACAGCGAUAGCUGAAUCGUUUACGUUGUUUUUACAUGAUUUUGGAGAUAAUAAAAGCUUUGUUGUUUGUGUAGGGAAAACAGAUGACAACAAACCCCAUUAUAUUUUAAAAUUUCCAAACGUGCCAAAAACAAUAGAAGAAAUGUUUAUUGUUCGAUUUUGGUUACAACAACUUUUUAACUGUGCCUUUUUUCAAACAAGAUUUGAAUAUAUUAUAUUUAAUCCAAAAAUGAUUAAUUUAUUAUUUGAUAAUGACAAAACAAUUCUUACACAAUUUCACGUUCAAUCCCUCCGUCUAAUGUCUAUCAAUGCCAAUAAUACAAUCGAAAAUAUUUUGAAAUUUGGUUUAAUUCACUUUGAUAUUUAUGAGUCUGUCAACACUACCUUUUUUGGUGACCUUUCAGAGCAACAUACUAAUAUUUUAUUCAAUAUUAUAAUAAAUGAAGGCAAUAAAGUUCCUCGAGUUUAUUUGGGUAUUUAUAAAUCUUCAAGAUCUUCAAUGCUUUAUGAUCUUAUUAUUAAAGUAAGAGUUAUUUAAGAAGUAAUGUUGAAAAUUGUGGUGGGACUUGACCCUUCCUGUUCAGAGUUGAGAGAAAUUGGAUUGUGCCGUUUCGCCUUCGCCGAAAAAAGGUCGCUGAAUCAUGGAUAUGCCGAAACAGAUUAUAAAAGGCGAAAGUCGAAACGGCACACCCCU